CCCUCCCCCACCAGGGGAGUCUGGCUCCUAGUGAGUAUGUGGGGGCCAGGGGGCCCAGGUAGUCCUGGGACCCCAGGCCAUGGGUGAGCGAGCCCACCACGGAGCCCAGGUGUGUUCUGGCACCAACCCCAGAAAAUGCCAGGACUUAGGAGACUCAAUUCUUCUGAUUCUCGGCAGCUUCAUCUUGCUCAACGUGGGGAUCAAUGUGGUGACUCUGCUCUGGAAGCAUCUGAAGAACUCCUUGCGGAUUCUUUUCCAUCAUUUUUUUCCCAAAGACAAGCAACCCAGCGGGACCGGCAGCCACCCGGUGUGCAUGCGCUGCGCCACAGAUCCCAAGACCCUGUGCUCCAGAAUCUCCUCCCGCUUCCACGGGCGCACGAGCUUCCUGCUGGGGCACCACGAGCACCCUGACUCCUGGACGCCAGACACGAACGAGGAGAAGGUUCCCAGGCUCUGGAUGCCGCCUCCCUGUGCACAUGUUGGGGCUCCAGAGGUUCCAUGGGCACCGUGGAAGGAGGGGAUGGCGGGGGCUGGGGAGGCCCCCCAGGCCUCAGCCUUGAAGGCCCAAGCCGCCUCGCUCUCCAGGCCAGUGUCAUCGUCCCUGUUCCUGAAGAUGAGCAAAGUGGACAUGGUUCCGCUCCGCUUGCCUCAAGAGAGCAAGACAAAGGCCCAUGCGCCAACCCAGUCCCAUUCCCAUUUCACAACGAACACCCCCAGCCACACUCAGACUCACUCUCCAGCCCACAUCCCUGAGCAAACCCACUCCCAGACCCAGGGCCUUGAGCCCACUGCGGCCCCCACCCCUGCCGAAGCCCCACCCCCGCCCCCAACCCCUAACCCAGCAAAGGCCACAGCCCCUACCUCAGCCCAGGCCCCGGGCCACACCUCAGCCUCUACUCUGGUCCAGGACCCAGGCCACAACACUGCAGACCCUAUCCCAGCCCAGGCCCCAGCCUCGGACCAGAGUCCUAAGCGUAGCCACUCCCAGGCCCACAGCCCCGAGCACACCUCAGUCCAGUCCUCCUUCAGGGUCCCUGCGAAAGCCUUGGCUCACUCUCAGGGCCACGACCCAGCCCACACCUCAGCCCAGGCUUGGACUGACUCCCAGGCUCCUGGCCCUGAGCACACAUCAGCCCAGGCCCCAGAAGGCACCACAGCCCAUUCUCAACAAGUCCACACUUACAGCCACACCCCACUCGCUGCCCCAGCCUCGGCUUCAGCCCUUCCCCCAAAGCUUGCCCCAGCCACGAUGCCCGUCCUCACUCCUCCACAACCAGUCCCUGUCCCCGUCUGUGGCCCAGCCUCUGCUCCAUCACUGGUCAUGGCCCUGACUACCACUUCAGUGCCUUCUCCUAUCCCUGCCACCGCCCACACUCCUGUCCUAAGUCCUGUUCCCUCUGCCCUGCCUGCCUUCAACCACGGCCUCUCCACUGGCCACGUGGUCUACGAUGCCCGCAGAGUGAAGCAGAACAUCUUCCAUAUGUACACCCCCCAGAACUCUGGGUGUCCCAGAAAGGACUUGAGUGUCUUCUCCAGGUCCCAAGACGGGCAGGGCCUGGUGAGUCCGGGGGUAUCCGAGCAAACAUUAAAGCCACGCAGUGGGGAUUGUGCCAAGCCUCCUUCAGCACCUAUCCUGGGCUACCUGGAGUUGGGGAAUAUGGAAUGGAAGGUCUCCGACGAUGCCAAAGACAAGUUCUCCCAGCCCAAGAAAUUCUCUUACUGCAGCUUCCAACCUUGCAGUUCGGAGAGGAAGAGCUCCCAGGCUCCAGUCUACCCCAAGUUCCUGGUCUACUCUCAGGAUGCUGCAUCCUCUAAACCUUGCUUCCACUCUCCCACUGCUACACAGAACUCACUGUCUGCCCUUCCUCCGCCAUGCACGCUCUCCUUGCCGCUCGUUCCUCCCAGAACCUACGUGGUCGCAACCAACCAUCAGAAGCCCUCCACCUUAAUUCAAACCCACACCCUUUUCUCGGCCUCCAAGCUGCCUCAGUCUAUCCCACCUUGCCAAUUCCCCAUCCCUCCUCUGUUCUCCACCACUUCUCAACCUCUCGUCCAACCCCAACAACCUGAGCUUCAUGAGGGUCUCGGCCUCAUCCAAGACCCUGGCCACCAAUUGACCUCAAGCCCUUCCAAGGACUCCAGAGUUCCCAGGAAGCCAAGCCUUACCCAAAAUCCAGGCCUCCACAAGAGUCUGAGUCUUGCUCCAGAUCCAGGCCUCCCCAAGUUCCCAGGCCUUUCUCAAGACCCUUACCUCUGCAAUAAUCCAAGCCCUUCCCAAGACACGAGACUACAUAAGAAUCCAGGAACUGUCCAAUAUCCUGGCCCCCAGAACAACGUAGGUCCUACUCAAGAUGCCGGUGUCUUUAGGAACCCGUGUCUCACCCAACCCUCUGGCCUCCAUAAGAAUCAACCAUUUACCCAAACUUCUGACCUUCAGAGUGCAGGCUUUGUGCAAGACGCCGGCCUCUAUAGGAAUCAUGAACUAAACCGAGACGUGAUAGUCUGCAAAAGUCAAGAUCUCUCCCAAGCAACUGACCUCCAGAAGGUCCCAGACACUUCUCAAGUUUCUGGAGGUUAUCAGAAUACAGGCAACGUCCAAAAUCCAGAAGUCUACAGGAGCCUGGGCCUCACUCAAGAGUCUGGACCACAGAAGAGUCCAUAUCUUGCCCAAGACCCUGAAGUCAACAAAUCCUCGGGCCUUCCCCAGGAAUCUGGUCUCCUCAAGAGUCCAGGCCUUGUCCAAACCUCUGGCCUCCCAAAGGGCCCAGACUCGGGAGACUAUAAGAAUCCAGGUGUUACCCAAGAUCCUGGAGUCCGAAGGGACCCAGGCCUUUCGGAAGAUUCAGGACUCCGUCAGAAUCCGGGUCUUACACAAGUCACUGAAGUUGACAGAAGAUUUAACCUUGCCCAAGAUCCCGGAAUUUACAGGAGCCCAGAACACAGCCAAGACCCUAACCUCCACAAGUACCCAGGAAUUAAUCAAGAGCCUGGUCCCCAGAAGGCCCCAGCCCUUACCCAAGACCCUGUAAUCUCCCAGAUUCCAGACUUUACCCAGAAUUCUGGCCUCCACAAGGAUUUGAGCCUUAACCCAGAUCCUUGCCUCCACAAGAACCCAAGAGUUGCUCUAGGUGCUGAGUCUGUCCAAGUCUUGGAUGCACAUCUGACCCCAAAGCCAACACUCCCAACGAGGAAGUCAUGUAGACCCGAGAAGGUGCCCCAGGAGAAUGCAGAGCAACACAUAUCCUGGACGUCUGUUCCCAUCAACCAAACCCCUUGUCCUUCCAAAGCCCAGCUGGUCUCUACUGACAUGCAAACCUUCUCAGAAGUGCCCGUACUAAUUGAACUUCAGCCAUCCUCCCGGCGGGUAGGCAGCCAAGACUGGGUAUACCGCCCUGUGGACACAGUUCCUUCAGCCUGCCAGAACUACCGCCAGAUGUCUAUGCCUCCCAAAAUCAACUGGAAGUCCCACUGCCCUGGACCAGGUCCCCGGGCAGGACAUGUGGUCUUUGAUGCCCGCCAGAGACAGUUAGCAGUGGGCAGGGACAAGUGUGAAGCUCUGUCUCCCAGGCGCCUUCGCCAAGAGGCACCCAGCAACUCAGGGAGACCAUCAGGGAGUGGGGAUAUCAGAAUGUGAUGAGGACCUUGGACAAAGAGGGGUCCAAAGUGCAUCAGGAAUAAAGAUGCGAGAGAAGUGUUCUUUGUUUGGUUGAUGACACCUGCCCCAGCCCCAGCCGUCACACUGGCGACCCACAGUGCCUGAGGAGGGCGGUCCCUCCUCCAGGCUUCCUAGCUAAGCCCAUCAUCCUCAAGGUCCUAGAGCUGCACUGUCCAACUCAGUGACCACCAGCCAUAUGUGCUUAUUGAAAAAUAAAUUCAAAUAAAAUAACAUUUAAAACUCAA